UCGUAGUCUGCCGGCAUAAUAGCCUAAGCUCUAAUUGUUCCCCAAGUCCCCAUUACAUAUCGCGAUCGACAUCCAUCGCAUGUGUCAUAAUUAAGCCCUCUUCGAACAUCGUCGGCCUCGACAUGUACCGUGGAGGUCACUUGGUUGCGUCCACAUCAUUGCGCUUUCCCUUGGCCAGCUCUGGCUGUGCAUGGCCCAUUGCAUCCGCAUUGUUUUACAAGCAAGCUCCGAUAUCAAUGAUUUGUGAUCCUGUUCGUCCUGGGACGCGGGUAAUCUAGAACAUUUCAAAUCAUAACAAUGUGCGUCCGCGAAGCGAAUCUAAUUUGCAGUUUCGCUAUCGGUCAUUUAUCACUCCGCUCUGGAGCGUCACCGUGGGUGGAGUGCUGGUUCGACUCGGAACCGGAACCCCGAGCGAGGUAUGCGGUGGGCGUACGUAUGAAUUUAUCAAGGAUGAGUCCCUCGCGGCCCGGUCGCACCUUUGACAAAGUCCAGCUUUCAGCUUAUUACUGGAUCCGCAUUCGUGAUCACGAUCACCCAGCAGCGAUGGCGCAGGUAAUCCAUAUAACUCUAACUGCCGAGACUGACCAUCCCAUAAGCGCAGGUCCCAGUCACCGCAGUCUAGGGUCCACAGAAUCGUUUCAUAGAAAGGUUUGGAAGGCGAAGACAGUAGUGUUAGGUGUCAAUAUCAGCAAGCCGGCAUCUACUCCAUACCAUUCCCCUGAAACGAGCACCACCAUCCUCACCAGUGGCUUUCGUUACCAAUCCGAACCCAUAUUCCUGGACGCCGUUAUUAGGCCCAGGUCUGUAAACUCCUUGUGAGCACCUGAACAUACCGGACCAAGAGCUGGUCACGUGCGGUUUAAGGAGCUUUUGGGGAAAGUCGAUGUGGUGGGGUAUUGCAUUCAUCUCGCU